GACCAGAUCGGUGAGACUUCUGACACUAGCACACUACAUGGUGGAGGUACAACAUCAAGUAACACAUCAAAGGAUUUCAUGAGUAGUACACGAGGUUUGGCGAGUUUGAAUCAAUAUAGAGAAACACUGCGGGAAGCAUCCUCGGCAACGGGUUCCUCUAGCCGUGUG